AUGGUUAACACUGGAAAACCAUCCAGAGGAUGCUAUCUCUGCAGAUCUCGGCGAGUCAAGUGUGAUGAGAAAAAGCCAGGCUGCGGUAAUUGCCAAAGGUUGAAGCGCGAUUGUCCUGGAUAUCGACCAGUCUUUGACGUUAUGCAUCGUAACGGAUCGAGUUCGACACAACGCAAAACGUCUCAUGCAAUUGCAACUACAACAGCCCUUGCUACAAUUCAAAUGGCUCGCUCUCACAACCGGAGUAAAUCGGAAUCUAGUAUGACGCCCUAUACACGAUGGAGACCAAGGCAAAACUGCAGUCCGGAGGUCCAGAGAUUGGUAGAAGCAAUACAGAAUGGAACACAAUUGGCAUGCCCGCCUUUGACAGCGGCAUUGGAAGAACGUGCAAUCUGUUUCUUUCUUUCCAAUUAUGUUUUGAUUCCUCAUGGGACAGUGAGAUGUGGCUUCCUCGGCUUUUUACUUCCAUUGAUGAAGCUUCAACCUUCGGCUGUCUUAUCAGAUUCGCUGUCUGCGGUAGCUUUGGCUACCUUCGGAAAUCAACCAAAUGCAAGGAUGCUAAAGCCAAAAGCCGAGCAGGCCUAUUUGAAGGCAUUACGUCAAGUCACUAACGCCAUAGGCGAUCCUAAACAAGCCGCUGAAGAUACAACACUUGCAGCGGUUAUGCUACUUGCGUUAUUUGAGGUUAACAUUCUCCAAAAAAAAAUUGAAGAUGCCGUUGCUAACUUUGAGCAGACUAUGGCAUAUAGUCUAGUGAAAGAGAAUGAAGGCUGGAACACUUGGAAUUCCCAUGUGACUGGUGCAACAACCCUCUUGAAGAUGCGCGAUGUAAAAGGACCGAUGUCUCCGUUGACUUUGGAAUUGAUAUGGACUGUGAAAAUACACUUGAACCUGAGUUGUCUUCUCAACGGAAAGCUGUCCGAUAUCCCAGCAGAGUGGAAUGAAGUCCUUACUAAGAAAAGAGACCUAUCCAGGGGCGGCCGGACAAUGUGUAAUCGUCUUCAAUCUAAAGUUGCAGAAGCUCGUGUUGAAUGUGAUGAGCUCAUGGGCAGCGCGAAACGUACUCCUCAAGACUUCGAAAAUGUCCUGAAUUUGAUGCGAAGAGCUGAAGCCAUAGAACAAAGCUACUCGGAAUGGGCAGAAUCAAUGCCACCUCAAUGCAAUUAUAAGUCCAUAGGAUGGAUCGACGCUAUACUGGAAGAGAAACUUGCCGAAUCGAAAUAUUUUCCGGGUAAGAUUGACAAGUACCACGAAGUUUGGAUAGCCCAUAUUUGGAAUUUGUCCCGAGGAUCGCGAUUACUCAAUAAUAGUACUAUCGUCCGAUGUGCUGCCUGGCUAUGCUCACCACAAGAUUAUCGAACUACUGUGGAGUACGAGAAAGCUAUGAUAGCCGGAAAAGAAUUGAUUCGGGACGUUAUUGCCAGCGUCCCUAAUUGUCUCGGGGAAAUACCAACAGCUAUGGAUAUCAAUAUCCCUUCUGAGCACAGCUUCGCCUGCGGAGAUGAAAGCGAUUCCCGUGCGAAAGGUCUAUCUGGACUUUUCAUUUUGUGGCCUAUGUUUUCUAUCGCUACUUCAGACUUUGUUACCGAUUCGCAAAGAAAAUGGGUCCUAGGAAGGAUGAAGUAUGCGGCAGAAGAGUUGGGGGUUAGCCAAGGAUCCACUGUAUACUCAGAGCAAAAAUGUUCUGUACGAAUUCCAUCUUCGAUGUUAGAGAAAGACGGCCUCAUGCCUUCAAGGGUAGAGGAAAUCUUGAAUGUUCGGAUCCCUCCUAUCCAACAAUCCUUUGAGAAUGUUGACGAAAUCUGGACCGAAAGGACCGAUAGAUUUUCUCAUUAUCCAACUCCAAGCCCAACAUCGACUUCUGCGUGUUCGCCGAAGGCCCAACACGAUUGGACAUUGUUGAACACUGAUUCCCUGGAUAUGAAUACAAUGAACAAUUGGCCGCAUCAAACUCAGUGUGAUUGGUUCAAUCCAGAUUUGGAUACCAACGUCAUCACCUCAGCAGAACCAGCUCAACAAACGAUGGCAGAUUUGCAAAAUCUUUAUUCAGAUUAUCCAGUUCAAUCUCAACCAGACAGAAUAUACCACGAGAGAUUCACAGAAGUAUGCAACAUAUGA